AUGCAGAGCGCGACGCUCCUGCAGUACACGCCGCGGCGCAACCUGCCCACGACGAACACGACGAACACGCCACCGCAGCCGCCGCCGUCGACGGCGCGCAAGCGCAAGCGGGCGGCGCCGGCGCAGGUGACGGUGUCGUACAGCGAGGUGCAGGAGCGCGACGAGCAGGGCCGCGUGCGCGAGGUGCUGAUCAUCGACGAUACGCCCCCGCCGCCCACCGCAUCGCCCGCCCUCUCCUCCCGCACAGCCGGCGGCUACUCGGCCUCGUACCAGCCGCCGCUUCUCAGCGCGCCUAUCAGGACUCGAGCAAGGGCGGCGGCGGAGGCGCAUCAGGCGAGCGGGAGCAGUGCGACGGCGAGUCUGCCGGUGCAGCCGCCGGCGAAGAAGCGGAAGAGGGAGGCCGAGCCGGCUACGGCGAGCAAGAGGACGAACAAUGGAUACGGUGCGAGCGGGGCGCAGGGAGUCGUUGCGCCUGCGCAUAAUUGGAGCGCGAAUGCGGUGGCGGCUGUACCGCCCGCUGACGAGGCAUGCGACGACAAGGAGGGCCAUUACAUCAUCCGCCAGGGAGACCUCAUCUACAAACGCUACGAGAUCGUGCGACUGUUGGGCCAGGGCACGUUCGGCAAGGUCGUCGAGGCGCGCGACCUGCAGACGGGGCAGCACGUCGCGGUCAAGAUCAUCCGCGCCAUCCAGAAGUACCGCGACGCGAGCAAGAUCGAGGUCCGCGUCCUCAACCGGCUCAAGGAGAAGGACCCGCUCAACAAGCACAAAUGCAUCCACCUGCUGAGCUGGUUCGACCACCGGAACCACAUCUGCAUCGUCUCCGAAUUAUUGGGGAUGUGCGUCUACGACUUUCUCAAGGAGAACGACUUUGCGCCGUUUCCGCGCCACCACAUCCAGGACUUUGCACGGCAGCUCCUCGGCUCCGUCGCCUUCCUGCACGACCAGCACCUGAUCCACACGGACCUCAAGCCGGAGAACAUCCUCCUCGUCCAUAACGAGUACAGGCAGGUCCCCUGGGGCCUCCCCAAAGUCAGUUAUAGGGGAGCGCAACCGCGCAUGAAGCGCAUACUGGAGAGCACCGACAUCCGCCUCAUCGACUUUGGGAGCGCGACGUUUCAGGAGGAGUACCACAGCAACGUUGUGUCUACGAGGCAUUAUCGCGCGCCGGAGAUUAUUCUGGGGCUGGGCUGGUCGUACCCGUGCGACGCGUUCUCGCUCGGCUGCAUCCUCGUCGAGUUCUACACCGGCAUCGCGCUCUUCCAGACGCACGACAACCUCGAGCAUCUCGCCAUGAUGGAGAUGGUGAUGGGCCGCAUGCCGGACCGCUUCGCGCGCGCGGGCGCACGCGCCAAGCCCGAGUUCUUCAAGGACGGCGCGAAGCUCGCGUGGCCGGCGCCCAAGACUAGUAAGACGAGUAAGAAGGAGGUGCGGUCUACGCGCUCGUUACCAGAGAUCAUCCCGCCGACGGACAGCGUGAACCGGCAGUUCCUGGACCUCGUAAGAAGGCUGUUGGCGUUUGACCCGGCGGAGAGGAUCAGUGUGCGGGAGGCGCUGCAGCAUCCUUAUUUUACGCUCGGCGUGCCGCAUGAGAACUGA